AUGUGUGAAGGACACGGCCUACACGGUGACGCUCCUUGCGACGAUGAUCUUGCGGAUCCUCGGCUUGCAGGCUGCCUCGACGAGGCUGUAUGUGCCCUGGGUGUAGGCACGGAGAGGCGUUGUCUGGCACCGACAUGUUGCACGCGUAGUCGGCCACACAGAUGUAGGCGUCCGCGCGAGGCGGGAGACCCUCCGGAAGGGCUCGCCCCCAGGGCCCGUUGA